CGCCCUCUCUCCGUUGACAAUCCCUCUCCCUCUCCCUCCCUCCCUCUCUACUCUCCGGCGACGCGUCGUCCGCUAUUAUGCAAGGACUCUGCUCCGACGACGUCGUGCGCCUCGACCUCGCACCCCCACCGCCGCCGCCGCAGCCGCCGCCGCCGCCGUCCGCCUCCGCCUCCGCCUCCUCCCUCUCCAUCGACAUGGACGAGUCGGCGGAGACCCGGAUCCAGCGCCUCAUAUCGGAGCACCCGGUCAUCAUCUUCAGCCGCUCCUCCUGCUGCAUGUGCCACGUCAUGAGGAAGCUCCUCGCCUCCAUCGGCGUCAACCCCACCGUCAUCGAGCUCGACGACGACGAGAUCGCCGCCAUCCCCACCGCCGGCCCCAACCCCCCGCCCGCCGUCUUCAUCGGGGGAACCUGCGUCGGCGGCCUCGAGGCCCUCGUCGCCCUCCACCUCAGCGGCCACCUCGUGCCCAAGCUCGCCGAGGUCGGCGUCCUCUAGCCUGUGACCUCGGGAAACGCGGGGCUUGGAUUCCGACCCGGUACGAGAUUCCAUCUAUUAGAUUGAAGUUGAUAUUCAUAUGUAGGAUGCAAGAAAGGGGAUGAUAUGAUUUCCAUUAUUAGGUCAAAAGCAGAAUAUUUGUAUUGGUUGUAGCUUGCCGUAGCUUGAUUCGAUGGUCAAAACUGUAAGUUGCAGUAGAAAUAGUAGCAGAAGAAGAAGAAGAACAAGAAGAAGAAGAAUCAUCUGAACACACGUGUACGGUGGCACGUGUAUGAGAUAUUGUCUUUUAUCACCAAUGAAUUCUUAUUUAUUGUCUAGUGAUAAAUUUUGUGUAUUUGAUUUUUGAUUGGACCGAUAUGCAAAUCUUUCUCAAUUCUCGA